AUGGAGAUUCAAAUUGUGGACGACUUAGUGACCGAGACGUCAGAGUUGCCCAACUCGCAACCGCCCACCGCUUCGCGGAAACGCGUCCGCCGCUGGCACCAUCGCGGUUUCACAGGUUGCUCAACAUGUCGCCGUCGCCAUGUCCGCUGCGAUGAGGCCUCUCCCAUUUGCAAUAACUGCACUCGUUUGGGCCUUGAGUGUGAUGGUACACAAGGGCGGACGACCUUCAAGGUCUACGGCCCAUCGCAAAGCAAGGAACCCAAGCUGCCCAAGGCCCAGCAGAGGAGACACAAGCCACUCAGUCCGGACUUAUCCGGCGAGUCUUUAGCGAAAACACUUCCCAUCAAGUGGAAGGACCUAAAGGACUCAUGGCAGGCUGUUGUAGUGUCACCGGCGACGGCAUCGCAACAACCACCACAGUCACAUGCAGAACCACAACCACCAGAACCACAACCACAAUCACAACCACAACCACAUCAACGGCGACGUCCACCUCCGAUCUGCUUUCGCUUCCAGGAACCCUUGGGCCCGGCCAACUUGGCCAAUAUGCAAUGUAGCGACGAGCGCUAUUAUACCCACUUCAUUGACCAGGUGUCCACUCUUCUAAUCAUUUACGACAACCCCAUCAAUGCGAACCCAUACCGCAGUUACUUUCCUGACUUCUCUCGCUCGUCUCCGUCCAUGGUGGGCGCCAUGCAGGCAUUGGGCGCGUUGCAUCUGGCGAAUACGUCGGUCGGGCCACAGCGAAACAAACAUUUCCAGAAGGCAAUGGGGAAAUACGGACAGGUGGUCCAGAUGUUCCGCGCGAGGUAUGCUGCGCCGAAGCGACAGCUUGGGAUGACUGACUUUGCGACCUGCCUACUGCUAUGUCUGUUCGAGAUGAUGGACUCUCAGCACCUAAACUGGGCUGUACACCUGAAAGGAGCACGCGAGAUCUACAAUCUCCUCUUCUAUCCGCAUACUGGCAGCUCCGAACGUGAAGUCCAACGAGUCGCCGAUACAAAUCACCCUCUACGAUCAUUUCUUGUAUCAUUACUAUCGUACCUUGAUGUCGCCGGUGCAUGUGCAACACCCGGGGGUACCGUGGUGGACGGCAGUUACUGGAAAACUCUCGGAGGCGGGUGGGAGUACAAUCUUGGCACUCCGAGUCUGUCGGGUAUCCACGAUGAUCCCACUCUGGUAGAGUUGCGGUCGGCAUGGUGUGGUAUGAUGGAAGUUCAAGCAGCCAUCAGCACUCUCGCCCGUGACAAGCAGUGGAUGUCCCCCGAACAGCAAGACAUGGUAUACAAGGACAUCUUCCACCGGCUUGUGGUCUGGCGUGCCAGCACUCCAAUAAGUUUGCAAAUGCUCGGAGACAUGGAGCUGGACGAUGAGAGCUUGCGCCUGUUCCCGUUCCCGGACAUGCUCGAGUACGUGGGAUGCAUCGAAGCCUACGAAAAGGCAACCUUUGUGCACCUCCACCAGGUAGGAGGAGCCGGCCGACCAGGCUGGAUCACUGAUCGAGCGUACCUGGACAUGCUCAUCACUCGCAUUUUGACUUUAAUCCGCAAGCUUUCCAAGGACGUUGGUCAGCUGGCAGUCCUGUGGCCUCUCUUCAUCGCCGGACAAGAAACAAGAAAAGAAGAAGAGCAGAAAUACGUUCGCCAGACGAUGGAAGAGCUCAAGCGGUUCGGCUUCAAGAAUGUCGACAAAGCACUCGAGCUCCUCGAAGGCGUGUGGUUCAAGCGACGUGCCUUUCCUCAGGGGUGGACCGAGACGCUCGACGAGAUUCAAUCCAACAUUCUCUUACCCUGA